AUGGCGGAUAACCUUGUGGCCCCUCCUGCCCCUCAGGUUGCCGGUGGUGGUGGUAAGCCCCCCGGUAAGCGUCGACAGCAGGAACGUGCCGGCAAGAGAAAGCGGCAGAAAGAAAAGUGUCGUACCUGCGGUGAAUCCGACCACGAAUCGGAGGAGCAUUUUGAAUGGACGUUGGUGAACGCCAUCAAUGCUUUGACCGGUGCGCGUCAGGAACGCUUACAGGCUAAACGCACUGCUUCAUCUGCGUCCAACAACCAGGUUGCUCCGGCAGCCCAGGAAGGAGGACAAAGACGUAAGAACAAACGGGGCCGACGUCCGCCUCCUCAAGAGCGUAGGCAGCGUCGACAGGCUGCGCAGGAGCAGCAGCAGCAGCAGCGGAAGGCCGAGCAGCUUCCAGCUCUCGCCUUGCAGGCGCCCGGCCAGGAAGUGGAUCUUCCCUUCCGAAUGGUCCAGCAGCCGCGCCCGCACCGGGAGGAGCAACAACAGCAGCGGGGUGAGGGACCUCAGGUCCUGCCCCAGGGAACCGAUGAGCCGCCCCUGCCUCCUCCUAUGGAGGAUACCGCCAUGGACGUUGAGUGCUGUGGUGGUCAGGAAUUGCCCGCACUCCAGGACGGUGAUGACAGCGACCUUUAG